AUGCUUGUUAGAGUACAUUCUCUUUCCCUUCUCGCAGCCAUCGUAGCUUCUGGCGAUUUGGCGACGGCUGCCCCUCUCGAGUCAUCAUCUGCUCUCAACACCCGAGACCUGCCCCGCCCGCGCUUCGGAAAUGUCCCAUACGGCGUCGAUAUAACUCACUGCACAGUCAAUGGCAAGCUUGCUCUCAGCUUCGACGAUGGUCCCGGAGAAUACACCAGCCAGGUUCUAGACACGUUGGAGAGAAACGGCAACAUCAAGGCGACAUUCUUCCUCGUUGGCACAAACGGAAACAAUGGCAUCGCCAGUGGAACCUACACCUCCGUCCUAAAGCGGAUGUUGAGCGCAGGCCACCAGCUCGGAAGUCACUCCUGGAGUCACAAGGACUUCAACACAAUCUCCAAGGACCAACAAAUUCAAGAGGUUCUGCAGAACGAGGAAGUCUUUGCCAAGACCCUUGGCCUCAUUCCCACCUACUUCCGCCCGCCUUACACCCACUGCGAUGGCCAGUGUAUAUCUACACUCAACGACUUCGCGUACCAUGUCACCGAUUACAACCUUGACACCAAGGACUGGGUAGACAGUGGUGUCAACUCGAAGGCUACCUUCUCAGGUGCCAUCAAUGGCGCCAGCCCCGCUAGCUCCUCCUUCAUCAGCUUGGCUCACGACAUCCACACUUUCACCGUCAACGGCUUCGUCCAGUUCAUGAUCGAUACGGCAAGGGAGAAGGGCUUCGAGUUCACGACCAUCGGUGACUGCCUCGGCGACCCGGCCUCGAACUGGUACCGCGACCCCAAGACCGGCGAGCCGUGGAGCGGAGUCAAGGAGGAGCCCAAGCCCACUACGACGAGCAGCAAGGAGGUCAUCAUUCCCACCACGACAUCGACUUCCAUCUCUAGCACAACGUCCGCUCCGGAAACCAAGACAUCCGCGACGAAGUCUGAGUCCGAGACCGCCAAGCCCUCUGUCACCGUCAAGAGCGCUUCCGAGACUGAGGAGUCUGAAAGUGAGACUGGUACGCCUACUGCCACCGGCACCGGCGUCAAGCCUUCUACUGCGUCCAGGACCGUCGACGGCGGUGCCCACAUUGGCAUUCCAGUGACUCCUACCGGCACUACCGCUGCUGUGCGACCUACCAGCACCAACACCGUCGUCGAGGUCAACGCCGCUGGCCGUGCUGUCUUCUCUGCCGGUGGUGCCAUCGCCGGUGCGCUUGCUUGGGCCUUGAUGGUUUGA